AUAAACGGCGCCCACCAUUUUGGACUGUGCGCGCUCUCUGGGAGCACGCAGCACGGGACCUCUGUGCGAGGUCCCGAUCAUGUGAUCAUUGAUUGGCUAAUCAGUGAUCACAUGCAGAGUAGUAAGCAAGAUGUCACUUCUGACAUCAUUGCUUACUACGUGUGAAAUCUGUGAAUGAUCACAGAGGUCACAUGGUACAAGGCUAUUCACAACAGUCUUGUACCAUGUGACAAGCUGUGACCAAACACAGCUCACACAGUAUUUCUCAAUGGCUGCAAGAAUGCACCCAGAGAGAAGGAGAAAUGAUUGCUU